AUGGCUACGUUGGUCGAUCCUCCAAAUGGCAUUGGGAUCCAGGGCAAGCACUACUAUGCAAUGUGGCAAACCCUGUUUGAGAUUGACACCAAGUAUGUGCCCAUCAAGCCGAUCGGUCGAGGGGCAUAUGGCAUCGUGUGCUCCUCAGUGAACAGAGAAACGAACGAGAAAGUUGCGAUCAAGAAGAUCCAUAAUGUCUUUGAUAAUCGUGUGGACGCGCUCAGAACCCUGCGGGAGUUGAAGCUCCUCCGUCACCUUCGUCAUGAGAAUGUCAUAGCGCUGAAGGAUAUCAUGAUGCCGGCCAGCAGGAGUUUCAAGGACGUCUACCUCGUAUAUGAGCUAAUGGACACGGAUCUGCAUCAGAUAAUAAAGUCCUCCCAAGCCCUUUCCAAUGAUCACUGUCAAUAUUUCCUUUUCCAGGUAAGCGCGGCUUCUGCAGUGCCGGUCUUGAUAACUUUCUCUGUAGAAUCGUCACCGGUUGCCCAUCAGAAUCCAAGUUUUCCGGUGGAAGAAAAUAGCGUCCAUGAGCAAUAUAAUAUAACCUCUCAUUAGUUUUCAGCAAGUAAAACAUUUGGGAAAUGCUAAGAUUGUUUUGUAACCAAGAACCAUUAAUUUGUUCUUGCAUUUUCUGUUUUCACAGUAAAAAUCUCCUAAAGUUUCUAGUUUUAUUUCCUUAUGAUUUAUUUUAUUUAAAUAAAUGGUCAGGGUCUUGUGCUCAAGGUAACUGUUGUGGAUUGUUAGGAUUUCGGGUUCAAACCUUCCCACUGAAUUAAUCUUGCCUGCGCUGAGCAGAGCGGAAUCUGUUCAAACGCAUCAUUCAAUUUUUUUUGUCUGAAUGGGCAUCCAUCUUACAAUACCAAUGUUGGAGAUUUUCACAAGACUUUGAGCAGACUCUGCUGAUAAUGUGGAUUCAACCUAUAAUGGCAGCUUUAGGAGGCAUGAACGAAAGAUCAUGAAACUCAAUACUAACUCGGAUUGUUCUUCAAUCAACGGCUGUUAUUUUCCCGUUUUUAAUUUCUAACUUCCUGUUAUUUAUUUACUUAUGUUUGGUUUUACUGAUGCUGGAACUGAAUCAUUUGAGAAUAACAAACUCUGUUCUUGAUCGCGCGAAGCUGCUCCGAGCGCUCAAGUAUCUGCACUCGGCGAACAUCCUCCACAGAGACCUGAAGCCCGGGAACCUCCUGGUCAACGCCAACUGCGAGCUCAAGAUCUGCGACUUCGGCCUGGCCCGCACCAGCAACGCCAAGGGCCAGCUGAUGACCGAGUAUGUCGUCACCCGCUGGUACCGGGCCCCGGAGCUGCUCCUCUGCUGCGACUACUACGGCACCUCGAUCGACGUCUGGUCGGUCGGCUGCAUCUUCGCCGAGCUGCUCGGCCGCAAGCCCAUCUUCCCCGGCACCGACUGCCUGAACCAGCUGAAGCUCAUCGUCAACAUCCUCGGCACCAUCAACGAUGCGGACCUCGAGUUCAUCGACAACCCCAAGGCCCGUAAGUACAUCAAGUCCCUCCCCUACACCCCCGGGAUCCCUUUCUCCACGCUCUACCCCCAUGCAAACCCACUGGCCAUCGACCUGCUCAAGAAGAUGCUGGUAUUUGACCCCUCCAAGAGGAUCAGCGUCACCGAGGCCCUGCACCACCCCUACAUGUCGCCGCUCUACGAUCCCAACUCCAACCCCCCUGCCGAGGUCCCCAUCGAUCUCGACCUCGAUGAAGACCUCGACGAGGAGUCGAUCAGGGAGAUGAUGUGGAGAGAGAUGCACUUCUACCAUCCUGAAGUCGCCGCUGCUGCUCCUGCUGCUGCUGCUGCUGCUGCUGCUGUUGCUGUUGCUGCCCCGGUGGUGGCCUCGUAA